GUUUACGCUUUCCUUGUGGUGAGCUUGGAGCUGCCCUAGGAUGGAGCCAGUGAGAGGAUUGAGGAGCCGACCCAUCCACAGACGGCGACGUCGUCGAACAACAAGGGCACGGACAUGCCCUCGAAUUGUGCGAGAAAAAGGGAGAGAGGCUAUCCCCGAUAUCCCAAUGAUGAUGAUUCUGAGGCAGAAGGAUGUUUUCGAGACCGCCCAGUUGAUUUCAGAGUUGUCCUUCUGAGGCCUUUGAGGGGGUCAAGUGUCUGUCUGCUUACUAUAUCUCUCGGAUUUGUUUUUAUCAAGAUCCAAGAAGACUCGGACAAGCCAGUGCAUUAGCCAGUUUGUAACGUGGCAUACAUAGCAAUCGUGUUCGAUUCGUAGGUAAAGUCAAACUCCCUCAGCUCAUCCAACGGCCAGCCAGCCGGGCUUGUCGAGUCAGUUUAUCUUCUUGAAGGGCUUCUAAUAGGCUACUUCAAACUGGGACAUUCAAGUGAAUCAGUUCUUGAGAGAGAGAGAUCUUGAACGCUCAUGGGGUUUGUUGGAACACGGUCUUGAAACAUUUCCAACCAUGACUAUGUUGGCCAAAAUGCUCAAGCGAAAGGUGUCCCGGAGCGUCAUGGAGGCUCCGGACCCGUCUGCUCUGAACGUAGGAGGUACACCUUUGGCGCCUGUGCUCGAACAAAUCACGGAGAGCGAGACCAAGACCAAGACCGAGAACGGUGAAGUUCACGUCAAGGUCGAGAUACGCUCUCCUGUGGAUCCGGAUGUUCAAUACCAAUAUCAAAGGCCGGACCUUCUCCAAGGUUACUCGGAAGCCGAUUGGAAAGAUUUUGCCUCGCAUUUCAAAAGACCAGUGGUGGGACCGAGAGCUCCUCUACCGGCUGAAAUUGGAUACGCUGAGGCGAUGAACGCGGGAAAAUCUAAGUUGAACGAAGAUCAAGCCACAGUCCAUGAAGGUCAAUUGAAGGGCAUGAAUGGCGUGAUCAUUCCAUAUUUGUAUGUGGGCGUUUUUGAUGGGCACGGUGGCGCAGGUGCGGCGGUGAAAGUGUCCAAAGAUCUGCACGGCAUUCUUCACGAGGGGUUGGAAGACGUUCUGCCCUAUAUGGUAUCUGUGAACAAGCCGUGCCCGAACGUGGAGGUGGAAGAGCUGUCGAGCUCAUCCGAUGACGACAACGACGACGAUGAGGAGGAGGAUGAGUUUGUGGAGAUGAAAAUGACGCUCGAUGAACUUAUUUGUGGCUCGCUGGAAUCCUCGUUUUGGGCCAUGGACCGUCUUAUCUUGAACGACAAGGCCAAGUACAAGAUCACAGGCGGGACCACUGCCGUGGUAGCUCUGUUCAUUUGCGGAAAGCUUUACGUCGCCAAUGCGGGUGAUUCUCGCGCAGCCUUGUAUUUGCCGGGCCACUCGACGCUCCAUCCCAUGUCCAGAGAUCACACGCCAUUCAGUGACCGGCAACGCAUUCAACAUAUCGCCUAUCAACGACCCGAACUCACCCGACAUCCUAAAACGAAGGAGAAAUUGUACAACAGACAUCUUCUGUCACGUAAAGUGACCAAAGACGAUAUUGGAAGCACUGUGAUGUACAAGGACUUUUACAUGAGCGGCUGGAGUUGCCGAGACGUGUCGUCGGACGACGUCCAUCUCUUACCAAUCAUUUCAGGGAAGCAUAUCAAAACAAGUUUUGGCAAACGGCAAAGGCUUCAGGGUUUUCAUAGUAGAUGAUCCCUUGUCCUCCUUCCAUCAUUUAUUUGUCGAUCUAGUCCUCAGAUUGGAUUGGCAUCAGACAUGAACGCCCUUGUAGGUUCGAACAACUUGCGAGCACAGCGAGAGAUCCCCUUUUAGGGUGAUAGACCCCGGAAAAAGUGAGCUUGGCCUUUGCUCGGCAUAAAUUUGAUGUAAACAGAGAGACCCGCCAACUCAAACAAGGAUCUAGGACAAAUCUUGAGGAAAAAGCAGUGUGGUAUGGUAGGAAUUACUCUCACUCUUUCGUCCUUUCUCUUUCUCUCUCUGUCUCUCUCUCUCUUAGUCUGCAUCUGAAGGGCCUCGAUAUGAUCCACCAGUGUUUUAAUCGACACAUUCUAAGGCCAUAUGUGGCAAAUCUUUCUCGCCUUUCUUAAUGAAGUCCACGUCCUCACCAUUCCUUUCGUCUAUUGAACAACGCCUAGUAGUUCUUUGGGCUAUAUCCCAGCGAGUCCCCUACUGUUUGUCGAGGGCAAAGACCAGGAAAUGGGUGAAUAUGUGUGAGUUCCAUAUCUCGCCAGAUCGAUCAGCCUUGUUAUAAUGAGCCAUUGAAGCAUGGGCUUUAUGGCUGUCUUGAAGGGCGUUCUUCGCGAAGGCUAGAAUAUGACUACAAUGAGAUAAUGAACCCAAGUCAUAAACUGAAACCACGUUGACAUCCAAGCACAAGUAAUCCAAUCAAUCGACAACAUACUUUUCAAAUCUACUUCCACCAUGCGCAAACAAUUUCCAUUAAUCUCACAAACAUUAAUUGCGCCCGAGAUGUAACCUAUGUCAAUAUGCUCAUUUUCAAAAACACCGAAUCAGACAAGGCACAAAAAAGAAACGGGAUUCACUUUUGAGCAAAGUCUGAGAAUUUCUGAUGGAUAUUUCUUCCAAAUAAUUGAGCAAUUGAAGUUCACUGAAAAAUGUAUGUCAACAAGACAUUAAAUGGCUCGUCAAACACGACAAUCCAUGCAAUUAAGGUCUCCCAAAGAAAUAUUCCGAUUACCAAGAACCCUUAGCUAAUGUAGCGUAAUUCGUCAUUCAAUAAAGUUAUCCAAUGAAACUUCUUCACACUAGGAUUUUAGAUUAUGCUCUAACAAUCAGUUCAAAAGUAAGAUGGCUAAUAUCAACUUUGCGAUACUUCACGUGAAUUGGCAUUGAAAUAUCCUGGGCAAAAAAGGUAAAAACGACUUCUUUAAUUAGAGUUGGGCAGCUUUUUAACCUCGCAUUCGACAACAUUUAUCAAACAAAUAUUUAGCAGGUAGAGCUCAAUGACGUGAUUUAAUGUGUUCUUCUAGGCCUUGGGCCAUCUCUAGCCACAAUCAGCAAUGAUGUUUCAUUCUAUUUGAUGAAUACAGGCUUUUUUCCUUCUUUUCAA